CUCCCUACUGAAGCUGCUACCCCCGCGACCCGACCCCGGAUAAGCGGAAGAUGACGGACGGACGGAAAUAAUCACUGUACUCUGUCUCUGCAGGUUCUUACCAAGGGGAUAAAACUGGACCAUAUCGAAGAAUGAAGGUGGUCACAUCGAAAAUUUUGAGAGUCCUACGCAGGAAAUUGACCAAUUCUUCAAACUGUGAUGUAAUCAUGUUAGGUGUUGAUUAGGCCCUGAUGUUGACUCUCCUGUUGAUUUUGCCACCAGCUUCCUAGUGGAUUAAUCUGUGUGUUUAUACUGUACAUUUAUUGUUGUGAAUUAUUAGUUUAGACCUGAACCAAUGAUCUUGAACAGCAAUUCCAAGGCAUCACUGAACGAGGGACAACACAAUUAUUGCCUUUUUAAACAACCCUUUGAUCAUCGUGAUGCAGAACAGAGUUUUAAUGAAAAGCUGUUUCCUUCUGAACUCAUGACUUAUUGGGGAUUGAUGAUUUUUUUAGGAUGUCUAAAAGAGGAAGAAAAAAGUGUUAUAAUGUUGAGAAAUCAACAAAAGGAGAACUGUAUUGCACAUUAUUGGCACGCAAACACACAGACGUCUUGCCCGCUGUCACUGUCGUAGUCAAAAGGUAAAAUGGUAAGAGCUGUUCAUGGAGAGGCCGCUGAGAUCAGCGCGGAUUAUGUGAAUCAACCCGAUCCAUCCACCAGAAGCCGUCCCGAUUUAGAAACGGGGGGGAGUCAUGCUGCGCCGGGGGGAAAGCUGUCCACACUAGUUGUUGUUAGCUUUGGACUCCUGUGCAUCCUACAAGUUGCUCUCAACAUUUCCCUACGCCUGACACUCUACAAAUCUCUGCCGACACUAGAGGAAGCUGCUUGCAGAAAUGAGACUCGAGAUGCAUACAAGCUGAGGCAACAGACUAGACAAUAUCUCCAGAGAGGAUGGCUGUAUUUCCAUGACAGUUUGUAUUAUAUAUCCUCCAGCAAGAAAACUUGGCAUGAGAGCAAAGAGUUCUGCUUGCAAAAAGAUGCAAAUCUGGUGAUUAUAAACAACAUAGCGGAACAGGACUUUACAAGACAAUUCGACAGACUCACAUGGAUUGGACUGUACGAUUUAACUAACACAGGACAAUGGACGUGGGUGGAUGGAGCUCCGCUGAACAAAAGCUACUGGGGCGAGGGAGAGCCAAAUGGUUAUGAAAGCAAUAAUGAGUCCUGUGUGGAGAUAAGGUUUCACCAUAUUGAAAACAGCUGGAAUGAUAUACCCUGUGAUGAUCAAAACUUUUGGAUCUGCGAGAAAGAAGGAGCCCUUUGAAUAAAACUAAAAAAAAAUGGAAAGCUGGUUUCAUAGCAUUUAGCAUCUAGACUGUCUAACCGAGUCUGUUGUAUUUUGGCAUUAUUAUCAGGAUUAUGUCGUUUGAUUUGUGCAUAAAGUGAAAGCAAUCCCUGUAAUAGCCUUCGUUUUCUGUUAAUUUGUGUAACUAAAUCAUUAGAUAAAAACAAUUCAAUUGAACCUAAGACAAUUCCUUCAGUACCAAGUGAAACUAUUUUUUAGGUGUGCUUAAAGUGGUUACCAACAGCCUGUACAAUGAGCACAAAUUUUAUUUUAAGGGGUACUGAUUAAAAAUCAGAAUGAAUGUUUCAUCAUUGAUACAGCAGGGGGCGCACACAGGCAACAACUUCUCUAUAUACAGACUGCAUAGCUGUUGUUCAAAAUCCAUGUAUGGUUUUUGUUAGAACUACUAAUGUAAAUUAUUUCCUUCAUGUAAUAAUUUCUUAAUAACACUUUUAUAGUCUGUUUUUUUUAAUAAUGGCAUUGUGGUAUUUAUUGUUUUGUGCAAGUCCCUCAUCUUCUGUUAGUUUUGCAACAAGAAAAACAACGAAUAGUCUGUUAGUAGGGAAAAAAGCUGCAACAAUCCAGCUUGUGUGCAGAUUGUGUGCAACAAUCCAGUUGCACACACCUAAAUACUUUGCUAAUCAACUUCUGGUUUAAUUUUGAGCAUUCGGUCUUCUUUGAUAGGAAUCUCCAUCUCACAUCAGCUGCAGUUCCACCGACCCCUACUCGGUUUGGCCUGCCCAGCUCAGCUCUUCCCCACUCGGUUUGAAUUCAAGUAGUUUGUGUUUUGACCGGCCCAAAAUUGUCUGGAAGAGGGAAACACCUCCAGGGGGUGGAUCUAAUCCCCAUCCCUUCCUACUCGCAUCCUGUUCGUAACAUUGACACUUUAAAGAAAUCUGCGAGAAAUGUUAAACGAUAAAAAAAUGAGGUGGAUGGACACUCCAGAGGCUAAAUCUAACAGCCUUCAGAGUGUGUAAAAUGAGAGAAAGCCUUGAUAAAUCCGUAGAUCUGCAUAGAGAAAGCUGAAUGUCCUUUUUUUUCUUUUCCUUUUUUCCUUCAGGCAUUUUUCAUGGUUUAUAAAUAGUGAAACUGUAUCUUAUAGUGGUCCUUAAUAUUAAUGUCACCGCUCUUCACUUUUCCGGACUUUCUCGGAAAAAAAACAACUAAUUUCUCCUUUCCUCUUGACCAAUCACCGAAAAGCAGUGCGUUCACGCAAAGCUUCGCUCAAGCGUGCUCGGUUUGACCCUGGUGCAGAGCAGGGCCAGAGAAACCCGGGUUGGGCCUGAAAUACAACUGCUCCUGACCUGCCUUGCAAGCAGGCGGGGCCAAGUGGUGCACAGCCAAACCGAGCCGGUGGAGCUGGGGCUAUUUUGACAUGAAAGUAUUUGCCUAAUAUACCUUGUAAAAAAUGCGAUCAAAGUUACUAUCUGUUGUUGCCCUUUUCUAUAAAAUGCUUGGUUUGGAUAAAUUUA